CCCGGAAGCUGGCAGUGUUUACUGUUUUGUGUUUAUCCUGCAGCUAUGAGUAUGCUCAGGCUCCAGAAGAGGUUGGCAUCCAAUGUCUUGCGCUGUGGCAAAAAGAAAGUGUGGUUGGACCCAAAUGAGACCAGUGAAAUUGCCAAUGCAAACUCCAGGCAGCAGAUUCGUAAGCUGGUGAAGGAUGGGCUGAUCAUUAAAAAGCCUGUAACAGUUCACUCCCAUGCCCGCUGUCGCAAGAACACCCUGGCUCGAAGAAAGGGCCGCCACACGGGCAUUGGUAAGAGGAAGGGCACAGCAAACGCUCGCAUGCCAGAGAAGCUGUGCUGGAUGAGACGGAUGCGGGUUCUGCGCAGGUUGCUCACACGCUACCGAGACGGCAAGAAGAUUGACAGACACAUGUACCACAUCCUGUAUUUAAAGGUAAAGGGAAACGUGUUCAAGAACAAGCGGCUCCUGAUGGAACAUGUUCACAAGCUCAAAGCCGACCUGGCUCGCAAGAAACUCCUGGCUCACCAAGCAGAAGCUCGUCGCUUAAAAACGAGAGAGGCUCGUAAACGGCGAGAAGAAAGACUUCAGGCCAAGAAGGAAGAGAACCCAUCCAAAGAAAAUGAAACCAAAUCCAAAAAAUAAGUUUUGCUUUCUUUCUACACGUAUUCCUGUGUUAUACAAAAUAAAUUGAUUAAAAUAAAAA